AUGUCAGAUCCGAUACCGUCUGAUGAUAUUGAAAGUAUUCCUUCGAAUCAUCACUCUUUGUCCGAUUUUUCAAUCGAUCUAAGUUCUCAUUCACCUCAAUCAUCAAUAUGCGAUGAAACUGAUGAAAAACAAUAUUCAUCAAUGAAACAACACGAUGCCAAACCGCCCUUUUCUUACAUUGCAUUGAUUACAAUGGCUAUCUUGCAAUCACCUUCGCAUCGUUUAACAUUGAGUGGUAUCUGUGAUUAUAUUAUGCAGCAUUUUCCUUAUUAUCGUGAGCGUUUUCCCGCCUGGCAAAACUCAAUUCGCCAUAAUUUAAGUUUGAAUGAUUGUUUUCUCAAAAUUCCGCGAUCACCAGGUAGUCCAGGCAAAGGGAAUUACUGGACAUUAGAUCCAGCAAGUGAACAUAUGUUUGAUAACGGUUCAUUUCUACGUCGUCGCAAACGUUUCAAACGUUUAAAUCAGUACUUUUCACAUGACUUACCGUCAUCAUUACCACUUAUUCCUCCGAUGCAAUACUAUCCAUUACUACCAGCACUUACUCUUCCGUUACCAACGUCAACUAUUUCCACAGCAUCGAAAAUGUCGUUCACCAUAGAUAAUCUAAUUGGAACUCGUCGAUAG